UAAUUAAAACAGAAAAUACGAGUAGGAUAGUACAAACUAGUCAUAGAGUCCUAGUAUUGCACUGCACCAGACGUUUUUCUGAGAUAAAACCAUAUAAAAAAAACUAUCGAUGUUGCAAUCCUAUAAUAAUUAUAAAAAUUCCAUCCCCGAGCACAAUCGAAGCCUCUAUUUUUUCAUAAUUUUCCAAAAACAGUCGGAAACAUUCCACCAUCACACAAAUAGUUUGCUACAACAUUGAUAUUAAUUUUGGUAAAAAUUAUCCCCAUCGGAAGGCGUACGUUAAUUCAUUACAAUGGCACCCGCACCACCAAAAUCGAAUCCGUCGUUGCCGGCGGUGGUGAGCAAAAGUCCGCGGGCGGAGCUAUCAUUCACAAUUCAGUUGCUGUCGGGAAGGGCCGUGGUGAUGGUGGAGUGCCCGGGUUAUGACACGGAGCUGUUCAUACCGCAGAUUGUCAAAGACCGGAUCACCCUCCAAAACAUUAUGCUGAAUAGACGGUGCUGCAGUGAGUCCAGCUUGACCACAUACCCGACCGUUCAACCUGUGAGCAGUCCGCCGGUGCGAGCACCGAAGAGGAUGAUUUCGUCUACACUACCACCACCUCUGGCAAGGAGCACUCCAACUUCACUUUCUGCCAACAAAACCGUUGAGCUGACACCAGAACCAGCGCGUUGCCAAGCAAUUCCAACCACUUUCUAUUCGUCGAAUCCGCGCUGCCUACAAAACCGUUGAGCUGACACCAGAGCCAGCGCGUUGCCAAGCAAUUCCAUUCGAAUCCGAGAUACAGGACGUAUCUCUUCAUGUGAACCAGUCCUAUUCGAACUCUAGCUUAGAAUCCCAUCCUCCGCUUCUGCCGCCUGAAGUUUUGAGCAUCACAGACGCGAGGAUGAGUGUCGAGCACACCCAACUCUAAUUUGAACGCAAGCCCACCUCUGAGAAGCUCAAUACGGGUGAAGCCGCCGGAGCGCACUUACGCGCGUCGUAAGACCGACAAUAUCGGCAAAGCCAAGCCGCCGACGAAAUGGUCGCCGGUGCAAAACAAGAAACGGCAA